AGUUCCACUGCAUGGCAUCUUGAGAGGUGAAGCGGGGAGCAAAGUCUUUUACCAACACCUCUAUCCUUCCCCCCAUCUCCCCCAAGCUUUGUCUGUAUGAUCAGGUAGGCGGAAACUGAGAGGAAGCCCUUUGGAUGGCUUGUAACCCCUUCCCCCCCUACUAAUUUCAAAAGUUCGAUUAUAUCACAUGCUUUGUAACACUGGCUGAUUCAUCUGGAGAAUUACAUUAUGUUCAGGUGUCCACCCACCUCUUGUUUCCUCCUUUCUCCUCCUCAUCUAGAUCUCUCAGCAAGCAUCAUCAUGCCUUUACUGAAUGUGAUGGGGGUGAAUAUAAACUUCCCGUUUAAACCCUAUGAAUGCCAGAAGGACUACAUGAAGAAGGUGAUCACAUGUUUACAAGAGAAUCAGAACGGCCUCUUGGAAAGUCCUACAGGGACUGGUAAAACCCUCUGCCUCUUGUGUUCUACCCUUGCAUGGCUGCAAGACUACAAAGCUCAGGUGGCAUUGAAGAAGCAAGGAAGAGUCCAGGAAUUUGGUGAAAGCAGUAAAGAUGAGGGAAACAUUGUGUUGGACAGUUUAUCAAACCAGCUGACCACCUCGACUGGUGCCUCAUGGGGAGAAGCACAGGAGUUUGUUGCACCCAAGAUCAUCUAUGCAUCACGUACCCACUCACAGCUGACUCAGGUUGUCCAGGAAUUGAAGAGGAGUGCCUACAGCAGUGUCAAUGUUUCGAUAUUGGGGUCUAGAGACCAACUUUGCGUCAACAGCCAGGUAAAGAAGGAGACCAACAAAGCGGAUAAGGUGUUAAUGUGUCGAGCUAAGGUGAACAACCGGACAUGUCGCUUUUACAACAAACUUGAUGAAUUGAAGAGGACGGGUGACCCUCGAAAGGCAACUGGUAACAUUGUGGAUAUUGAAGACCUAGUUACUAUUGGGGUCCAGCACAAAUUGUGCCCCUAUUACCUGUCAAUAGAUCUCAAGAAGGAUGCAGAUAUAAUAUUUAUGCCGUACAACUAUCUACUUGAUCCAAAGUCUCGCAAGUCAAAUGGUGUUGAAUUGAAAGGCAACGUCAUUAUAUUUGAUGAAGCACACAAUUUGGUAAGUUCUUUCGCUUCGUGAUAUUUAUUUCAUCCUUAACCAUUAU